AUGGUCUACAAGGCCCUGCACGCUCUGACUUCCUGCUCCCCCUCUCUGCCAGCCAUCACUCAGCUCUGCCACCCGCCCCAGCUCUCCUUCCAGGUCUUUGAAGGCGCCAGCUCACUCCUGCCCCGGGCCUCCUCGCCGCGCCCGCCGCCUCCGGACCAUGGACCCCCCCCCAACGUGAGAGAGCUUCGAGCCUUCAUGAAAAUGUGCAAGCAGGACCCGAGCGUUCUGCACACCGAGGAAAUGCGCUUCCUGAGGGAGUGGGUGGAGAGCAUGGGGGGUAAAAUACCACCUGCUACUCAUAAAACUAAAUUGGAAGAAAAUACCAAGGAAGAAAACAGUAAGAAGGCGGAGGAAAACAUAAAGACAGAUGAACCAUCAAGUGAGGAAAGUGAUCUAGAAAUUGACAAUGAAGGUGUGACUGACCCAGACACUGAUGCCCCUCAAGAAAUGGGAGAUGAAAGUGCAGAGAUAACUGAGGAGAUGAUGGAUCAGGCAAAUGAUAAAAAAGUAGCUGCCACGGAUGCCCUAAAUGAGGGUGAACUACAGAAAGCCAUUGACUUGUUCACAGAUGCCAUCAAGCUAAAUCCUCGUUUGGCCGUUCUGUGUGGCAAAAGAGCAAGUGUCUUCAUCCAAUUACAGAAGCCAAAUGCUGCCAUCCGAGACUGUGACAGAGCUAUUGAAAUAAAUCCUGAUUCUGCUCAGCCAGACAAGUGGCGAGCGAAAGCACACAGACUUCUGGGCCAUUGGGAAGAAGCUGCCCAUGAUCUAGCCCUUCCCUGUAAGCUGGAUUACGAUGAAGAUGCGAGUGCAAUGCUGAAAGAAGUUCAACCAAGGGCCCAGGAAAUUGCUGAACAUCAGAGAAAGUGUGAGCAAAAACGUGAAGAGCGAGAGGUCAAAGGAAGAACAGAAAGGGUCAAGAUGGCUCGGGAAGAACAUGAGAGCGCCCCGAGGGAGGAAGAAGCCAGACGGCUAUCAGGGGCUCAGUGUGGCUCUUCUCCAGGUGUCUGUCCUGGCGGAAUGCCUGGGCUCAAUGAAAUUCUCAGUGAUCCAGAGGUUCUCGCAGCCGUGCAGGAUCCAGAAGUUAUGGUGGCCUUCCAGGAUGCGGCUCAGAACCCGGGAAAUACGUCAAAAUAUCAGAGCAGCUCAAAGGUUAUGAAUCUCAUCAGUAAAUUGUCGGCCAAAUUUGGAGGUCAAGCAUAA